AUGUCGGAGCAUUCUUGUGGGUUGGCGUGCUCUGAUCUUUUAAAGCUUCGAAUGACGAAGAAUUUUAUCAAGAACAUCGUAAUAGAUGAUCUUAGAGUUUCGAGUAAGCAGAAAUCAGCUGCUGACAUUCAAGAUUUGUUUUUCAUAGAGUAUCAAGUUGACCUCACGUACCAUCAAGCAUAUCGUGGACUGAAAUUUUGCAAAGAAUGGUUCAACAAGUAUUGCCGUCCUAUGAUGAAAAUAGAUGUUACAUUUCUUACUGGAAAGUUCAGGGGUGGUCUUAUGGUAGCUUGUGGGAGAACUGCCAACAAAGAGAUAUUUCCACUUGCGUUUGGGCUUGUUUCUGGCAAAAAUGGUGAUAAUUGGUGCCGUUUUCUGGAAAAUUGGAAGGGAAUUGUCGAUGAUGAUCGCCGGUUGACCAUCAUAUCUGAUCGUGGAGCUGGACUUUUGAACACUGUUUCUGAAAUCUUUCUGAAUGUUUUUCACUCAUAUUGCUCGUACCAUAUGAAAGGCAAUAUUCCAAUUAGCAAGGGCAAGAGUAGACAAACUGCAGUGAAGUUGUUUAAGCAAUGCUACAGUGCUAUCACCAAGGAGCAAUUUUUGAAGGCAGUAUCAAGCAUGCACAAUCUGAAGUUGUUCUCUGUUAUUGAAUGGAUGAAGAAGAUUCCACUGAAGAACUGGGCUGCUCAUGAGUUUCUUGGGGAAAGGUAUAGAGAGCUUACAUCCAAUAUAGUUCAAAGCUUUAACAACUUGAUUAGGCACGAAAAGCGACUGAAAGCCAUCGAGUUGAUUGAAUGUAUCCAUGCUAUGACAAUGGAGACAAUGUGGAAAAAGAAGCUCGCAACUAGCAAGUGGACUACAAGACUUACCCCCAAGAUGCAAGCAAGAUUAGACAAAAUGAUAACUGACUGUCGUAGAUACAAGGUGCGUCGAUCCAGUGAAAAAGUAUUUGAGAUCAUAACUAAUACCGAGAAGCAUACUGUUGACUUGGACUCCCAGACCUUCAUUUGUCAGUGGUGGCAAAAACACAGCUUCCGCUGCAGUCAUUUUGUGAAAGCUAUGGUUCGGAUUGGCGAGGACGGGGUAUACAAGCACAUCACACCUUACUACACAGUCGAAUACUACAGAGGUCUGUAUUCAAAACCUAUCUAUCCUAUUCCUGCUAUAGACAAGCCAAAUGAGAUUUCUCGCACCAAAUAUGUCAUGCCUCCCCCUGUUGGACCACAAGUUGGAAGACCAAACUCGGUUCGCAAACGUAGUUAUCGUGAGAAAUUUCGCAAGAAGAGAAAGUGUGGCCAUUGUGGAAUGCUUGUAUACCAUAAUCGUAGAACAUGCCAGAGUGCUCCAUUGGCCCCUCACCCACUGUUAGGAUUUGGGAAAACCCUAUUUGGAUAA